CAGACCGUCGUUUCCAGUUUUCGAACAACUGCAACCAUGAAGUGCCUACAGUUAGCCUGUUUCACCUUGUGCAUUAUGGUGACAAUUCGCCUGACCUCAAGUUUUCCACAGUGUUGCCCGGCCAUGUGCUGUUCGUGUGGUUGUGGCUCCAUGCAGCAAUCAUCCUACGAUCAAGCCGAACCAGCCAGCAAUGACGGACAGCAGUCAGCGGAAGACAACCAGCGCAGUGCACUUCCCAAAAAAGGUGGCAAACAUUCGGCAUGGGACAAAGCUAAGAUAAUAUUCAACGGUGUCGAGGCGGCGAUAGACGCUGCAAAUUUCGUGAAGGAGAAUUUCAUAGGUACAACCGAGGAAAAGCCAGCAGGCCACUGAACAGUAUACUAGUUUGCACACCUGUAAUAUUCUGGCAAAAUUGAUGUUUAAAGCUCUUAUUUCACGUGAUAUUUAAAAGAAUGGUGAAACUAAAAAUGAAAUGUGCAAUAAAAGCGAGUAAAGUAA